GCGACUCUCUACCUUCACAACGCGUAACUAACUCCCUUUCUUUUUUUUUUACUCACCAAAUUCAAAUUUUAACGUUGAACUUUUUUGUACUUUAAAAAAUCUUUAAUUUCACUUUCACAUCUCACUCAGAAAAUCAUGCCCGAAUACAUUGUAUCGUCACAAGCCUACUCCAAGGCCAUCCUGCACAGUGCCAAAUACCCCUGGGCCACGGUCCAAGGUUUCUUCCUAGCAGAAAAGAAAGACACCAAGUACCGUCUCAUAGACGCCAUCGCGCUCUCGCACACCUGGACGCAGCUCACUCCCAUGUUCGACGUUGCACUGCAGCAGGUCCAGAACUACGCGCAGUCCCUCGGUCUCGUAAUCGCCGGAUACUACGUUGCCAACGAGACUCCCGAGGUAAUACAGCUCUCGGCAUCCAGCGCACAGUUGGCGAAAACCCUGCUGGGGAUUAAUCCUGAUGCUGUUUCAUUUGUUAUUGACGUUAGAAAGUUUAAAACUGGGGAGGUGCCUGCGUUGGUUCCGUUUGUGUUUGUGGAUGCCCAGUGGAAGGAGAAGGAGGGUGCCUUUUCGGCGAAGACCGCGGGAUUCUCGUUGGAGAAUAACCAGGCCCUGACUACUGCGAGGAUAUUGGUCGAGGAGAGGGCGGAAGUAGGCGUUUAUGAUUUUGAUGAGCAUCUGGAUAAUGUCUCGCUUGAUUGGUUGCAGAACAUCGCCCUCAAUGAGCGUAUCAGAACCGCUUGAGAUUUUUUAUUGUAUUAAAUAAAUUUCAUACAGCAACC